AUGUGGCGGGAUCAUCAUAUGAAGAAAAUAUGGAGUGUUUUAAUACACUUGACAGCGAACACGAUAACUCAACAGGUUAAAUUCCGUGUAGAAGAUGAUCCAUGGUCGAAAGAUUGCUUUUACGAAACCGUUCGCAUUGGUCAACACACAACUACAAAAUCGAAUCCACAGUUUUGGGUCAUUGAUCUACAUAACAAAGCUUAUGCACUCUAUUGUGGUUUUACUGAUCAAAUGACAAAGAUUAAAUUGUCGCCAUCGAUUAAUUGCCAAACCUUCGCUCGAGCCUUACUAAAUGAAUUCGGUCUUGAAUGGCCACAUGAGUUGCCGUACGCAAGUGAUGGAUGCCCAGGUCGAACAGUACGGUCCGUAUACGGCAGUUGA